AGUUUGGUUCUCCUUCGUUCGCCUCAUUUUCCUCUGAAACCCUAAUCCCUAUUUGACUGUGCAACAAUGCCGCCGAAGCUCGACCCCUCACAGGUCGUCGACGUUUACGUCAGAGUCACCGGCGGCGAGGUCGGUGCGGCGAGUUCGCUCGCGCCGAAGAUCGGUCCGCUCGGUCUCUCACCAAAGAAGAUCGGAGAAGACAUUGCAAAGGAGACCGCUAAGGACUGGAAGGGGCUCAGGGUCACCGUCAAGCUCACCGUCCAGAACCGUCAGGCCAAGGUCUCGGUGGUUCCCUCUGCGGCGGCGCUGGUCAUCAAAGCCCUGAAGGAGCCCGAGCGUGACCGAAAGAAGACUAAGAACAUUAAGCACAGCGGGAACAUCUCCCUCGAUGACGUGAUCGAGAUCGCUAGGGUCAUGAGGCCGAGGUCCAUGGCCAAGGAACUCGCCGGCACCGUCAAGGAGAUUCUCGGAACCUGCGUCUCCGUUGGCUGCACCGUCGAUGGAAAGGAUCCCAAGGACUUGCAGCAGGAAAUCACCGACGGAGACGUCGAAAUCCCUCAGGAUUGAGGAAGAGGAGGUGUUUGAUCCUCUCUUCUUCCUUUUUUUUCCUUCUGUUUGAUCUGUGCUUUUCUAUAUAAAUUUGAGGAACUAUUGUAUGUUUUUGUUUUGUUUUAUUUACUGCUUUGGAUAAUUUAAAUGAUUCGGAGAGUUCUUAUUA